CGACUGCCGAACUAACUUCCCGCUUGAUUUUUUCGUCAGACGUCAAUCCGGGACGUGUUCACGUCGUGAGAGUAGCGUAGCGUUAUUGGCAGCCAGGUGAAAAUUAAAAGUAACUUGAUACGAUUGACGGUUGAACGGUGACACGGAAAUUUCAAUCGAAAAUCGCGAUGCAGGACACAAAGAGACUGCAGGAGUUUAUGGAGCUGGUCGGUCGGCUAAAGCACAUGAAAAGGAUGGGAUGGGUAAAACGGAAUAUACCUGAACCUGAAACAAUAGCUGGACAUAUGUAUCGUAUGGCAAUGUUAUCGUUUCUCGUGGAUGGAAAAGAAAAUUUAGACAAAACCAAAAUAAUGCAGAUGACGUUAAUUCAUGACUUAGCCGAAUGUAUUGUGGGAGACAUAACACCUCAUUGUGGCAUACCACCGGAUGAAAAACAUAAAAUGGAAGACGACGCUAUGGAGGAGAUUUGUAAGCUGCUAGGUGAUAAGGGACCUGAGAUAUUACAAAUAUUUCGUGAAUAUGAGAAACAGGAAUCUCCUGAAGCACAGUACGUAAAAGACUUAGACAGACUAGACUUGCUAAUGCAAGCGUACGAAUACGAAAAAAGGGACAACAUUCCGGGAGAACUCGACGAAUUCUUCAUUGCGAUUAACGGCAAGAUCAGACAUCCUUUUAUCAACAAAAUCGCCAUUGACAUAACCGAAGAGAGGGACAAGUUUUGUCGCAAUAUAAAUAUUCCGAAAUAACAAAAAUCGUAAUUUAAAGACAAAAAGCUGGAAGCCAACUUUCAGAUAGCUCAAAUGAUAUUUUAAACGUUAGAUCGGUUACUAUGUCACGCGCUAAACAAUGGCUAUUAAUGUUACACGUAAUUUUAAUACAUAAGUUUUUGAUAUAGGUAGUAUUAUAAAACAGGCAUGUAAAAAUUGAUUAAGUUAUUUGAUCGUUCAUUGCGUAGAACUGGUCAUAUAGGCAAGUUUAUUUAUGUAUUUCAUAUUUUUUUUGUCUUUAAAAUAGUUUUUUCUCUUAUUUAAAAGGAGUGUUGUGGAAUGUAAAAUAUGUAUGUGUACAUUUUACAUAUCUUAAUUAUAUUUAUUGCAGUUAAUUUUUGAUGCAGUAAAGCGAUUACCAAAUA